AUGAUGACCAUGAAGCGAUCAGUUCAGAAUCCUGUUGUGAAGAGCAUGCCAAAACCACACACUGAGCCGCCCCCCUUUGCCAUGCUGAAAGAUGCAGGUGAUGCAUUCGUCGAACACCCCACCCAUAUUGACACCAAAUUGAAAGAUGACGAGAAUGCUACUAAGCCCUUGUCGAUCACCUCUGCGAGAGACUUUGAAGAUAUGUCUCAAGACAUGCACCGUUUAUUUGAAGGCAAGGAGACGGAGCAAAACUGGGACAAGCGUCGAAAGGCCAUUAUAAAGAUUUCUCGAAUCACGCAUGGCAAUGGUAUACACGACUAUCGCCCACAGUACAUCACCUUCAUCAAAUCACAGUUGGACAACAUCCUAAAGGUCGUAGAUUCUCUACGAACCAACGUUUCUACCGCUGGUUUACAUACACUCCAGCAUAUUGCCGAUGCACUCGGGCAUGGCGUUGAUUUCAUGGUUGAUUUUGUCGCAGAGACAUUGAUCACACGAUGCUGCAAUACCUCAAAGGUCAAACGAGAUCCUGCCAUCGCCACCUUUGAGACCAUCAUCAGCAAUGCCACGUGUAAUAAAAAUAUUCUCCAUUACAUCGUGUCAGCAUCCGAGCACAAAGAUCCUAACGCCAGAACAGCCGUCGCCGGUUGGCUGAUCGCAAUUUUCGCGAAGAAUGGCCGUCACUGUGACCACGCUAGUGUUCUUGAUCUCAUCGAAAAAUGCAUUAAGAACGGCCUCAAUGACCCCAAACCACAAGUCCGAACACCAAUGCGUACGACUUAUGCCACUCUUGAUUUCAAGACUCAAAAAAUGCUUGACAGCAAUAUAACUGUCGAACCAACAAAGUCAUCAUUGAAGCAACAACCAUCCAUCAAGGACAUUAAAGCCGCGAAGAAGAAAGAGAUGGACGCACAGGAAAGCGCUCGGCCCGAGUCUGCACACUCCAACAGACCCUCGAUCAAGGACAUAAAGGCCGCAAAGAUUAGAGAAAUGAAAGCGAAGGAAGUUCCACGCCCCCCUUCUGCUCAAGGGAACAAGACAUUUGUUCGGGACGCAAGGGGUUCAAAGAGACGAGAGGCGGAGGUAGAGGAUGCUGCUCGUCCCCCUUCAGCACAAGCAUCACAACCAUUGAUUAAAGACACAAAGACCGUAAGAAAACGAGAAGCUGUGGUAGAAGAUACUGCCCGUCCUUCGUCAGCCCAGUCAGCACGAUCCUCGACCAGGGAUAUCAAGACUACAAGGAAGCAAGAUGCUAAUGCAGAAGACGUCAUCCGUCCUCCACCCCCACAGUCAAAUAAUGCAACCAGAAAGCGUGACGUGGAAGCACAAGAUACCGCUCGACCAGUGUCUAGUCAAUUAUACCCAAGCACAUAUGAAAGAAAAUUCCACAUACUCUCCAGUGCUCCGAUGAGGCCCCACCGUGGGCUCAUCGAGCUCAAGCGAAUACCUCCCAAGCAAGCUGCGUUUGUGCAACAGAAAGCAGAUGCCGAAACAAUGAAUAUUCUUCAGACGGAUGAUAUCACAAUGAAAAAGGAAGGGGACAAACAGGUGCAGGAUUUGGAGAAUGCAGCCCUUCAACCGUCCUCAUCCAGACGUGAGGUCUCUCAAUCAGAAACUGGCACCACCAAAGUACCUCCAUUCGAGCUAGGUCAAGAUGAGCAGCAGAUCCCUGUCAAGGAGGCGGCACCCUUGGUAGCCACGGACAAGAAUUCCGUAAGAGCUGGAAUGAGAAACAGAUCAACAUCAACUAAUGUACCACCUGUCCAUACUGAGGUGGACAAGCGGGCCAGAAAGCAUGGUGAUCUCCAUAAGAGCGGACCACCGGUCUCGAAACAUGGUAGAACACACAGCGGAGGAUCUAUUCAAAUCCAUGAAGACAAUGCUUCAGCAGGCCAGGUUGGGACUGGGAAGAUUUCUCAGGUCACAAAGAGAAGGUCGGAAGAAAGGAUGAAAGCUGGCAAAGAAAUUGUCAAAGAGGCUCCAGCAGACCACGCUGGGGUUGAGAAGAUUUCUCAGGUCACGAAGAAAAGGUCGGAGGAAAGGAUGAAAGCCAGGAAAGAAGUGGAGCAUAGUGAUCUCCCUGGAAACCGACCACCACCCUCGAAACAUGGUAGAACACGCAGCACGGGUUCUAUUCAGAUUCACGAAGAUAAGGCUUCAACAGGCCAAGCUGGGGCUGGAAAGAUUUCUCAGGUUACGAAGAGAAGGUCAGAGGAAAGGAUGAAAGCUGGGAAAGAAGUAGUCAAAGUCCCUAGCAGGAGACGAUCGAUCAGGUCGCCAAGUCCUCCAACUGCAUUGCGUGAGAUUGAUCAGCUCAAUCAGAUACUGGAGCCGAUUAAGAAAGAAGAAAACAUGCGUCAAAAGUACAUAAGUACGGAGAUAGCCGUGCGGAACCGUUCUAUCUCUCCUAAUACCAAAGACCCAGGUAAGGCGCGAACGCAGUUGAGCAAUGGCAUAGAAAAGAUUCGUGCCCGGAAAAUGGAUGAUUAUGGGUAUCGCAGGCUUCAAGGUCUAAUCAAAGCCAAUGACGAUCUGUUCCAAGACGAAGAGAAGUAUGAUGAGUUGCUGCUUGCUCUUCUCGAUACCCUGGAGACACCAAACACAGAACGACGUCAGUCUCUGGGUCGCCAAUAUGACAACAAGUUUCAGAUACUUGUUACCAUACGGCUGAUGUUGGUUCACAGUGCAAAAUACUGUGCACCUUAUCACGCACGAGCUCUUUCUGCACUUCUCACAGCACGGCGGAAUUUCGAAUCUAGGUGUCACAUCGUUGGUGGCCUAGAGGAAACAGCAGAGGACAUUGUGGAUGCGUGUUCAUCAACUGAAGUCAUUGACCCUGUGCUCGACGUUCUCGAGCUCCAGGAGCACGAUGAUGCUGGUUAUCGAGCAAUUUCCAUGGGCUUGCACAUCUUGAGCGGUCUUGUCGCACGAAUCAAGGGGACCGAGAUUUUGGACAAAAUACAAGAGGAGCGGCUGACGCACUUCGCGUUGAAAUGCCUUCGCAACGAGAGUUCGGAGACUCGACGAGCAACCGUUGCAUUCUGUGUUGAGCUUCGGCGAUUGAUUAAUCCGGAGGAGAAAUAUUUUCAAAUGGUGGCGGGGAACGACGAGGCAUUGAAGUCUUUGUUGACUUAUUUCAUUGCUACUAACCGCCGGAGAUGA